AAUUUUUCUCGGUGGCCGUUGCAUCCUGUCUCCAGUGCUACCGUUAGCCAGCUAAUAAUGGAGUGGUGAGCCAGUCCGUGUUUUCCAACAGAAGAAAUUGUGCGUCUAUUUGCUACAAGUAUGACAUUUCUAGCGACAGCUUGUUCGGAGAAAAAUAAAUGUAGUUUUUUUGGUGCGGCGCAGCUCCCUGGAAGACAGAAGUCCCUCUCCGCGACGUCUGUAGCCGGGCGGGUUUAGCGGGUCGGUCCGUCUUAACCGCGGGGAGGCUCGUCUGUCCGCCGCAGCUACGCCAGCGGGGUUUUGGACAAAGCCAUUCAGAUGUUGGGCGACAGAAAAUACCAUCGAAACUGUACUAUUUUUAUCAAUGGUUUCGAAACUGACUUGCUGAGGUGAUUAUCGUCCGUGAAAGUGACUGCUGGAAGGAGGGAAGGUCUAUUUUUGGAGGGCGAGAGUUCGGAUCUCGCACCGAGGGAAGGAGGAGGAGAGACCCGCAGAGAAGAAGGGGACGACAAUCCUGAUGCCAGUGAUGGCAAACGAGCCGAUCAUCCUAAACGUUUAUGAUAUGUAUUGGAUCAAUGAGUUCACCAGCUCUUUGGGUAUUGGAGUCUUUCACUCAGGGAUUGAGAUCUAUGGAAGAGAGUUUGCCUAUGGAGGACACCCAUACCCGUUCUCAGGGAUCUUUGAGAUCACACCAGGUGAUGCAACUGAACUCGGCGAAACUUUUAAGUUUAAGGAAGCCAUAGUGCUGGGCAGCACAGACUUCACAGAGGAGGACGUGGAGCGGAUUGUGGAGGAGAUGGGGAAGGAGUACAAAGGCAACGCCUACCACCUCAUGCACAAGAACUGCAACCACUUUUCCUCAGCAUUGUCGGAGAUUCUGUGUGGCAGGGAGAUCCCCCGCUGGGUGAACCGUCUGGCCUACUUCAGCUCCUGCGUGCCGUUCCUCCAGAGCUGCCUGCCCAAAGAGUGGCUGACCCCGGCUGCCUUACAGUCCAGCGUGAGCCAGGAGCUCCACGGAGCAGGCGGGGAGCUGGAGGAGGCCGAGGACGCCGCGGCCACCGCCUCCCUGGCCUCCAUGUCGCCCUGCUCGCCUUCGUCCCCCAGCCCCUCGUCACUGGCCCGUCACAGCCGCAUCCAGCCCCGCAGGUAGAAGCUAAAAGGGAAACGUGGGGCUGGACUCGUGGCCACAGAGACAGCCAUGUAACAGCUGACGAGUCCGGCUGAAACCAGAGGUCAGACCGUGAGCCGGAUCUCUGCCCUGGCCCAGAGCUGUGGAAAGGGUUCUCCUGGUGGAGGCCAGGAGCCCCAGUGCUGACAGAGACAGGAAACCAAUCCCCCAACCCAUUCCCCUUAAAAAGACUGUUUCUACUCAUGGCAUUUUUGUUAUUUACCUCCCACGUCCAGCUUUUUCUGACAAUCUGAUUUGGCAGGUUUGAUGUAGCGAGUUCAGACGAUGUCCACACCAACACACGAACUCGUCUUCCAGCCGUUUGGAAGAAAAUAGGCCAACUCUCUCGAGCCAGGUGGAGGUGAUUUUAUGAGCGAGUGAGUCAUCACAGUUGCAGUAAAAUUUCAGGCAGAGUGAGGUCAUCUGACAAAGGCUGUGUUUCCUUUGUGUUAGCAGAAAUGCCUGGCAGGCAGGCAGGAGGAAGAGUGAAGGUUUGAAUACCUAAAUCCUCCUCAACAAGCAUGUCAUGUUAGCAAGUCUCAAAAAGACACAGACUUCUCCGGGGUCAGACUCCAGCGACCAUGGUUUGAAUUUGACCACAAGCCAACCACUGUUACAACCUGAUCUGUGAGUCAGGAUUUUUCUAUCGCAGCUAGCUGGAUGUCCAAUCAGCAUAAACUCAAAGCAGUGACAUCACCCGGAGUGGCUGCUCAGGCCCUCCCUCCAUCAUUGGAAAACACACCCGACGUGGGGAUCAGCAGCACUUAGUUCCACACCAAAGCUGUAACAAUGCCUUGAAUUUUCAGAAUGAGGGUUUAAAGCAGGCAGCAAGUUAAAAGUCAGACACUUUCUCUGUGUAGCUGCUGUCUUUUGCCUGAGGAAGUUUAAACUGGACAGUCCCAGCUGUGUCAGUUAGAAAGAAAAUGAAGAGAUGUUUGGGUGUUGAGGCUCCAGAAAUGUGUCUGCAGAUGAAGCAUUCUUUAGCUGACCUGAGAUCGGUCCUCACAGAUUUUUGUGUUUAGUUAGAAACGAUGUGCAUUGGUGCUCACAGAAAGCAUAAGUAAUACUCUGAAGUUUAUUUAUCUUAAAUUUUAAUUGAUCUCUUGUGGGGAAAAGCAACUGAAGUCAUUGUUCUCCCAGAUCGGUCUGUUAUCACUUUGAUUUUACACUUUCCAAGAAGAUGCUGUUCUUCUUGGUUGAUGAACGCCUCAUUUGAGCUCUUCAGGUGCUGUAAACAACUAAUCUGCUGCAGGUUUGCUUCAAACAGCAGCUGAUGCCCUGUUAAAUAUCCUCUGGAUGAGAAAAGCCUGACGACCGUCAAGUCUGAUAAAUAUUCCUACAGUUUUUUUGUAAUGUUUUUGUUCUUGUUUCAUUUCUAUACACAAAAGACUGGCCUUUUUGUCUGUUUUGUUUAUUUUCAAUAAACUCAGGACUCUAAAAGGCGUUGUAACAUAAUCUUUUAAAGCUUUUUAUCCCACAUUUCGUGUUUGAGUUGUUUCAUCUUUUCGAAUGCGGCGGUCACUUUGUGGAGCUUCCCAGUGACGCUGUGUAGUUUUAUACUCCUCUCUUUGAUUAAACAGAUGACUUAAAAAAGGUUUGUUUACAACCUGUAUGUUUUUCUUGCUUGCAUGACUGUUAGAGAGCAUUUUAAACAUUUUAGUGUCUGCGGGCUGCCGGCCGGGCCCCCACACCACAGAUUCAUCCCAAACAAUGGAGCACUUAGGGGGCUGCGUUUGGUCAAAGCCAAUUCAUCCUGAAGGGACUGGAUUUCCUCAGUUACUGUUUCAGGGCAGUUGUGCCUGCAGGUAAACUGACUUGGAGACAUUUCUCAAGAAACCAGCAUCAGAUCCACUCGGCGGUCAGUCAGCUUCGUGCUGUGUGUGACUUUUAUAUGUUUGAGUUUGGUAACCUGUUCCUUUAAUGCCUGGAAGGCACAGAGGAGCCACCGUGGCGCCAUCUGCUGGCUGUUUGUACUUUUACUGAGGCUUCCUGGAGCUGCUUCAGCCUCACAUGGUUUCCUGGCCAUACAGUCAUUUGUGUUCUUCUCAAAUAUAUUUAUACUCUGGUAUGUUUUUUUUUUCUUUAACUGUGUAGCUGAAAAAAAAGGGACACUAUCCGAUCCUCUCUACUGCGACAAAGUAGAACAGCCUGGAGGGGCGUCUGCCCAGAAUAUCCAAGAGAAUUAUCUUCUUUAUGUCCAUGUGACUAUUUGAAAUACUGACUGAACCAAAGAUAGCUGUAACUUCAUUCAUCUAUUUUGUUUUUGUGCCAGAAACCUUCGGAAUGACCAUCAGCCUCAUGCUUUGUUUGUAUUUGUUUAACUGGAAUGAUGAAUACGUGUCUCCAUUUGGAAUCAGAAGUGAUUUCCUUCACCGGUUUGGGAUCUUAACGCACCUCAGGACACCUCAGUCAUGCAAACCACCGGCAUUAAAGACUUCAGAAGUUUUUUUUGUACACCCUUAGAGACUCCUUGACAUGUUUGUAUCCUGUUGAAAAAUGAUUAAAGAAAAAUGCUUUUUUUCAGAAUUCAGUCGUUUGACUGUUUUGUUGAGCUCAAGGAAA